AUGCGCGUUAUUACCAUCUUCGUCGCUGCACUCUCCGCCGUUCGAGCGAGUCAUGUCUUGCAUGAACGAAGGGAAGGCCCCGUCCACGCCUCAUGGCGCCAAGGUGAACGUGUAGAGGCUGAUGCCAUCAUCCCGAUGCGGAUUGGCUUGAAGCAGACCAACUUGGAGGCUGGCGUGGAAAGACUCAACGCUGUUUCUCAUCCGGACUCUGAACAGUAUGGAAAGCACUUGUCUGCUGAGGAAGUCAACGAUCUUUUUGCUCCGUCUCAGCAUAGCAUCGAGAGCGUCCGCGACUGGCUCAUUCAAUCCGGCAUCAAUGAGACUGCAAUCGCCCACAGCGACAACAGAGGCUGGAUCGCCGCAGACGUCCCUGCCGGAAUUGCAGAGGACAUAUUUCGCGCCCAGCUCUACGAAUAUGAGAGCGUCAAGACUGGUUCCGUCCGCAUCGGAUGCCACGAGUACCGCCUCCCUGCCCAUCUCGUAGAACACAUCGACUACGUCACACCCGGCGUCAAGAUGUCUGCGGUGCUGAAGAAGCGGGCGAAACGAUCGCAGUCUUGGGGAGAUCACUCUCACCAUCGCGGCCCGUACUGGAAACCCACUCGACACGGGCAGCCUCCACAUCAUUACCCGCCUGGUUGGCCUGGUGACCUUCCAGAAGAUGUCCGGUAUUGCGGUGGCAACAUUACACCUGCUUGCUGGAGAUACCUGUACAAACUACCGUUUCCGCACAUCAAUGACUCGGUCAACGCCGCAGGUCUCUUCGAGCAAGGCGACUACUUCGCGCAGUCCGACAUCAGCAUGUAUUUCCACGACCCCAAUAACGGUGGAGGAUCCGACCGCGACAUUGAUGUUUUGACUUCCUUGAUCUAUCCGCAGAGUGUGGUUGUCUACCAAGUCGACGAUGCAAAUUAUGCGCAACAAGAAAUCGCUCGCUACAAGCUCUUCAACACCUUUCUAGACGCUAUCGACGGAUCCUACUGUAACUACACUGCAUACGGCAUCACCGGCGACAGCCCUGGCAUCGAUCCUACCUACCCUGACCCUGCACCAAAUGGGUAUAAGGGACAGCGGCAGUGCGGCGCCUACAAACUGACAAGAGUCAUCUCCAUAGGCUAUGGAGAGUCCGAGUUGGACUUCCCAAAGAACUACGUACUUCGCCAGUGCAACGAGUUCAUGAAACUUAGCCUGCAGGGACACACCAUCCUCAUUACAUCUGGGGGCUUUGGCUUUGGCUCUGGCCCAGGAGAUCCCACUCCGAGCGGGUGUCUGGGCCCUCUCGAGAAUGUGUUCAAUUCCAUCUAUCCAAACGGUUGCCCCUGGGUAACAUCGGUGGGCUCCACCAUGCUGGGCCCAAACCAAACCGUGAACGAACCCGAAAGCGCACUCCAAAUGGACGUAUAUGAGCCGGGCUUACCAGAGGCCUUCAAUCAAUGGCGCCGGUUCCACGACCCUGGAUACCCGAAUUAUGUCGCCAACGCCGACGCCUCCAAUCUUGGCGCCAAUGGUGGUCGAUAUAAUCGCGCCGGGAGGGGCUGGCCGGAUAUCAGCGCGAAUGGUGCAUACGUGCCCUACUUCGUCAAUGGAGAGGAGGACACAGAGUCUAGUAGCACGAUCGCCGCUCCAAUUGUAGCCAGUGUGAUUACCUUGAUCAACCAGCAGCGGACGAUUGCGGGCAAGGGGCCAGUCGGAUUCAUAAACCCUGCGUUGUACAACAAUCCAUGGAUGUUGAAUGACAUUACGAACGGCAGCAAUGCGAAUUGUCAGAGCGAUGGAUUCAAGGCGGUGCAAGGCUGGGAUCCGGUCACUGGACUGGGGACGCCAAAUUACCCCAAGAUGCUGAAGUACUUCAUGAGCUUGCCGUAA